GACUUGAUCAAUAAUCCCAAUUGCAGGGUUUAAUACAACACCGUAAGGAAAUUGCUGAGUACUUCAAUAAAAAGGGUGUUUCAGUCAUAUUUCUCUUUAGAAGGAAUCUGCUGCGACGGAUGGUUUCAGUGCUCUCAAAUUCCUAUGAUCGAUAUGCCAAACUCUUGAAUGGAACACACAAGUCUCAUGUGCACUCACAUGAAGAGGCUGGUACUCUUGCAAAGUAUAAACCAGAAAUCAAUACAACAUUGUUGAUCACGGAUUUGAAGAGAAUGGAGGUAGCAGCCACGGAGGCACUGGAAUACUUCAAUAGCACUCGGCAUAUGAUUCUGUAUUACGAAGAUAUUGUUAGAAAUCAAGCUAAAUUGGUAGAUGUUCUUGAGUUUCUAAGAUUGCCAGAGAUGGAUCUAAGUAGCCGUCAAGUUAAGAUACAUAACGGGCCAUUACAAGAGUAUAUCAAGAACUGGGUUGAUGUGAACAAGACCUUGAAUGGAACAGUUUAUGAGAAGUUCCUCCGAGCUGAUUAUUAAUUUCAGACUUCUCACUUUCACUUGAUCGAUGAACGAGGUGUAGAUAUCAACUGUUUUUUUCGUGCUAAAGCUGACUGGUAUAUUUUCAACUUGGAAAAGCUUCCUGCUGCAUUUGCCUCUGAAAAUCAGUCGAAAUUCAGCAUAGUACCAAGUUGCACUCGCAUGUAUCCGUAGGUUUUUUCUAUUUUAUUCCACAUUUAAGUGUAUAGUGAGGUAACUACAGUUGGGCAGUGCCAAAGGCAAAGUAGUCAUAGAUCUGCAGGUAGUAUUUCUCUCCUUGUUUUCCCCUCUAUCUGUAAUUAACAAGAUAAAGGGAUUGGUUUCCAACAAACAUAUCCCACGGAAUGAGUCUAUUGAAACAAGAACAGGAAAGGGUGAGACCGAGGAUUAGUUGACCACCUUAUUACAUUGUAAAAUUGCCAGAUAAAGUUUAGCUUCGUUCCGUAGCAUGUAGGUGAUGCCAAGAAUUGUUGCUUGGAUAUGUUCAUCGAGAAGCAGCUACUAACACCUUAGCAGCAAUCCUCAAUUGGUAAUAAAGGACCUUAUUUUUUGUUAGGCUUGCAA